AUGCUAAAGCUUCUUUAUACUAACACGAAAGCACAAGUGCGAAUCGACGGUGAUUUUUCGCAAACAUUCGAUAUUGAAACCUGUGUCCAAGAAGGUGGAAUUCCAUCUCCCGUCCUGUUCAAUCUCUUGUUUGACUUUAUCAUGCGUAAGAUAUUGGCUGAAGUAGGUGUAUCUGGGGUGAAACUGGCAUAUGGAAAUGGUGAUUUUUAUCAUUCUACGCGAGAGGCACAUGAAGAUAUUGAAAUACUCUAUUUGAUAUACGCGGAUGACGUGGUGGCAAUGUGCACAACAGCGGCUGAUCUCGAAAAGUUUAUUCGAACAUUCGAGAAAGUAACUCAAGAAUGUGGAUUGACAAUGAGUGUCAAAAAGACGUGCAUAAUGUCUUUAAAGCAGCUUAAAGAAGACGCGUCCAGAAAAGUAAUCAAAGAUCAGGAAGUGGACAAUGUAAAAAUUGAUAUUACGAUCAGGAAUCAAACCGUUGAUAUAGUCGAGUACUUUGCAUAUCUGGGGUGUUUCGCGACGAGAGAUCACUCACAAGAAAAGGAAAUUGAAACGAGAAUAACAAAAGCAUCUGGGGCGUUCAAUAUGCUUCGAAUGCCGAUUUGGUAUCGUAAAACUGUAUCGUGUGAAGCGAAAAUGCGUAUAUUUCGUGCUUGUAUUCUACCUGUUCGGGGAAGUGUGGGAGUGAAGUGUGGUCUCUGA